AUGUCGAGGCGCAAGCAGGCGAAGCCGCAGCACAUCAAUUCGGACGAACAAGCGCCCCCGGAUGUAGCAAAUGGGAGUCCACAAGACGACCCAGGUGACCGAGAAGGUGAAAUGAGUUCCAAAAGGUGCCGAACAGAUGAAACCAGCGUCUGUGAGAAAUGCUGUGCGGAAUUCUUCAACCUCUCCGAAUUCCUUGCGCAUAAGAAAAAUUGCACUAAAACGCCGCCUGUCCUAAUCAUGAAUGAUGGGGAGGGAGCGAUGCCCCCGGAGGACUUCCCUGACAGCGCCUCAGAGCGUUUCCCGAACAAUCGGAUGAACAGAACCGCCAAGGACUGUCAUGCCAAGAGCUGCUCUGGUUCUGCAGAAGAAAGGGGGGAGAAAGCUGGCACUGAACCGGUGGGAGGGAUGUAUCUGAAAACGGAGCCCCCUGUUCCCCCUGCAGCUCACGGUUUAAGCUACUUACCCAAACCUAAAGUACCCAACACUAAUGUAACUUUGCAAACUAUCCGUGGCACUAAAGUGGCUGUCAACCAGUGUACCUCUGAGAGCCUUUCUCCGUCAGCAGCCGGCCUCCAUGCUAUCCCGAUGAUCCUCGAGCAACUUGUGUGCCUCCAGCAACAGCAGCUCCAGCAGAUCCAGCUAACGGAGCAAAUCCGCAUCCAGAUAGCCAUGAUGGCUCCCCACAUUCUUCACCCUUCCAUAGCCUCUGCUGCAGACCCUCUCAAAGCUUUGGGCGCUCACAUGUCCCAACAACUCUCGGCUGCUGUUGCUUUAAUUGGACAGAAAGCUGGGAACCAAAGCCUAUCACUGGAAUCCUUGAAACAAGGCAAACUACCUCAUUCGAACAUUGGCAUUCCAGCUGCCGUCUCCGUGGCCGCUGGGCUGGCGCCUUCCAUUUCCUUGAAGCCCGAGGCAAACCGGGGCCUGCCAAGCUCCAUGUCACGCUUCCCAAGCCCUUUGCUACCUCAAUCGUCCAGCUCGGUCAUCUUCCAAAACCCACUUCCUGCUGUUUCCCCAGUGGUUGACCCCACAAAGAAAGGGAAAGGGAAGCUGCCGACCAUGACCGUGUCUGAAAGCAAACCGAAUACAGAAGAGCCCUUCUUCAAACACAAGUGCAAAUUUUGCAGCAAGGUGUUUGGCAACGACAGCGCCCUGCAGAUCCACCUCCGCUCCCACACUGGCGAAAGGCCUUACAAGUGUAACAUUUGUGGCAACCGCUUCACAACCAAAGGGAACCUGAAAGUGCAUUUCCAGCGGCAUAGAGACAAAUAUCCUCACAUCAAGAUGAACCCCUAUCCAGUUCCUGAACACCUAGACAACGUACCCACUAGCAGCGGCAUACCCUAUGGAAUGUCUGUCCCACUGGAUGAGUCGAACUUGAUUGUGGACACCAAGGCUAUUUUGACCACCCUGCCUGCCUCCAUAGGUAUUGGCUUGCCUCCCCACAUAUCAAGCAUCAAGGAUUCUCUCACUGGGGUGCUUGUGAGCGAUGUACACAUGCAGCCAAGACCUUCUCCAGAAAGUGAAGGUGGUUCUUCAUCAGGGGCAGCCAGUCAUGAGUCAGGAAUGGAACCGAGCCAAAGUUCCCCGCAAGCCAGCUGCAGCGCGAGCGCCUUCCAUCCGGGCAGAGGCAGCGAACAAGGUUCAGAAACAACCAAGCUGCAGCAACUGGUGGAGAACAUCGACAAGUCCUCAGCUGACCCCAACGAGUGCCUGAUCUGCCACCGGGUCCUCAGCUGCCAGAGCUCCCUCAAAAUGCAUUACCGUACCCACACUGGCGAGAGGCCCUUCAAGUGCAAGAUCUGUGGCCGCGCCUUCUCUACCAAAGGGAACCUCAAGACACAUUACGGAGUCCACCGAGCAAACACUCCACUGAAACUGCAGCACUCCUGCCCCAUCUGCCAGAGGAAGUUUACAAAUGCGGUGGUGCUGCAGCAGCAUAUCCGUAUGCACAUGGGAGGGCAGAUUCCUAACACGCCAGUCCCAGAAAACACGCAUGACAGUAUUGACGUGGAGGGUGCCGUGGCUGAGAAGAACGGAGAUCCGUGCCGUACAGAUGAGAACGCGGAAAGCAUGGAGACAGCAGGGGACUUGGAAUCCCAGGAUGGUCUGAGGCACUCUUCCAAGCCGUCCACCCCGUGCAGUGCUCAUCCUGAUCCUUCCAGCUCAGUUUUUUCAAGCAUCUCAGUGCUGGAAAACCAGAUGAAAAUGGUCAACUCGGCUUUGACCUUACAGCGUCAAAGCAGCCUGAAGUCCAGUGACAAUGGCUCAGCGGAAAGUGAUGGCACGACAAAUGAUUCUUCCUCGGUAGCAGGUGAUCCAGACUAUCAGAAUGGCAGCCGAAGCCCUGUCGCUUCUGAAUCAGCUUCGUUCCUGGCGUUGUCUCCAGCCAACAGUCAAGCGGAGAGCACCAGAUCCAAGUCUCCGGGUUUCAGUGUCCCAGAAAAUGGUGUUUCAGGAAGCAAGUCUGACGGUCCCGAAAUCCAUCCUGUAGAAAAGGACAGUGCUUUGGACCUAACUUACGGCAAUAUCGGUCGAAAGGUUAUUAAAGAGGAGCCUGGCCUACACUUCCAAAAUGGAGAGUAUGGCCGAAGCAGUGUCCAUGCAGCUUUUAUCCGAGCGCCGCCAGCUCUCAUCAAAAUGGAAAUUCCCAGUGAUCGCCCUAUCGGUGCAAGCCAUUUUAUCGGGCCCCCUGCAUUGUCUCCUGGCGUCCCUCCUCUUCUGGUGCCAGCCCCUCGCCGUACCGCUAAACAACACAUCUGCACUACUUGUGGCAAGAAUUUUUCUUCAGCGAGCGCCCUUCAGAUUCACGAACGGACUCAUACAGGUGAAAAGCCAUUUGCAUGCUCCAUCUGUGGAAGAGCUUUCACCACCAAAGGGAACUUGAAGGUCCACGUUGGAACUCAUAUGUGGAACAACUCAGCCAGGCGUGGAAGAAGACUGUCCAUUGAUAAUCCCAUGGCUCUGCUCGGCAGUGACCCAAAGAAGGUAUCGGAGAUCUUUCCUAAGGAUGUUGUGCCCCAAUCGGUCAACCUUGAUCCUGCAGCAUGGAACCAGUAUGCAGCAGUGCUGAGCAACGGCCUAGCCAUGAAGACCAAUGAGAUCUCUGUGAUUCAGAGUGGCGGAAUACCUCCUCUUCCAACUACAAUUGGGGGAGGUCCAGCUAUCAAUAUCACCAUGAAUUCUGCCACGGUCUCCAAGAUAGAUGGUUCUCAGUCUGCUGUUGGCUCAGAGAUGGAAAAGCCUAGCAGUGCUGCCGCAGGCAAUGUGCCAAAACACCAAUUCCCUCAUUUUAUGGAGGAAAACAAAAUUGCUGUCAAUUAA